CACCGCGCCCUCCGCGUGAGCGGCCAAAGCAAAGCCCGGCUUGCCGGCAAGAGCAAAGUUCACUGCUCGUUUCUUUUUUUUUUUUCUCUCUACCGAUCCGUCAGUGUAGGUAGCCAUGUGCGGCGGAGCCAUCAUCUCCGGGUUCAUCCCGCCGUCGGCGGCGGCCGCGGCUGCCGCGGCGGCGGCGGCCAAGAAGCAGGGGAGGAGGGUCACGGCCGACGUGCUGUGGCCGGGGAUGCGGGGGAAGGCCAAGGCCGGGCGGGGUUUCGGGGUGGAGGACGACUUCGAGGCCGACUUCCGCGAGUUCGAGCAGGGCCUGAGCGACGACGAGGCGGACGGCGGCGGCGGCGAGGUCGACGACGACGACGACGACGUGGUCGUGGAGGUCCCGCCGCCGGCGAGGUUCGUCUUCGGCGGCGCCGCCAAGGCGGCGGCCGGGAUUGCGCCCCCGACUGCAGAUGGUGUUUUAACUCCAAAGCUUGUCCAACAUGAUGGACCUACUGCUAGAUCAGCAAAGCGCAAGAGAAAGAAUCAGUACAGGGGGAUCCGCCAGCGUCCCUGGGGCAAAUGGGCAGCUGAAAUCCGAGACCCAAGCAAGGGUGUCCGUGUUUGGCUUGGAACAUACAACACUGCUGAGGAGGCAGCUAGAGCAUAUGACGCUGAAGCCCGCAAGAUCCGUGGAAAGAAAGCCAAGGUCAACUUCCCUGAUGAACUAUCAGUUGCUCAGAAGCCUUCCCUGAAGCAAAAUGCUGCCAAGCAGGAAAAACUAACUCCACCUCUGAAGACCUGUGUGGAUGAUGCUUUCAUUCAUCCAAACAAUGCAGACAAUGAUUUGUUUGCAAUGUUUUCCUUCAGUGACAAGAAGGUUCCUGCAAAGCCAGAAGAGCCUGUUGGUAUCCUGCCUCCAGUCAAACCUCUUGUGUCCACUGAGACAUUCGAGAUUAACAUGCUCUCUGAUGAGAGCAGCAAUUCAUUUGGCUCUUCGGACUUUGGUUGGGAUGAUGAUAUCCUGACUCCAGACUACACUUCUGUCUUUGUUCCCAAUGCCUAUGGUGAACCUGCUUACCUGACUGGUGGAGCGCCGAAGAAAAUGAGGAACAACUAUGGUGUAGCUGUGCCUCAGGGAAAUGGCAUGCCGGAUCUCACACAAAACAUGCCUACCUUUGAUCCUGGGAUGAAAUAUACGCCUCUACCUUACGUCGAGAGCAGCUCAGAUGAAUCAAUGGACAGCCUUCUGCAAAAUGACGCCACACAAGAUGGGGCAAGCAACGUGGGUAUCUGGAGCCUUGAUGAGCUGCUCUUGGCAGCUGGUGCUUAUUGAGGAGGCCAAAGGUUCUGGUCAGUGUGGACUGUCAAUAGCAAACCAUGUUGAAUGUGUAUGGCCAAGAUGAAGAGAGCUGGUGAUGUCUGCUAUGUUUUGUAGAGGGAUGGAACCAAAGUAAUGCUAGAACAUUAUAUGCUGCUAUCAGUUGUACUCUUAUGACAUGUUUAUACUAUGUUGCUGUAUGGUGUGUCUAUGAUUUGAAGUAUGUUGGGGACUCAUUCAAUAACUGCCUUGGCCAUGUGUGUGCUGUAAUGUGCUUAUUAAGUUAAUAUGGUUGUGCUCGUAUUGCGUAUCUACAA